UGGACUCUCUGGUCUUCGCUUCCCUGUCCAUCCAUCUAUCCAUCUAUAUAAAUAUUCUCCUCAGUCGUCUCAGUCAGCGCCACCAGACCAACCGAGACGGCGGGACGGCCCCCACCUCUGUCUCUCUCUCUCUCUCUCUACUCCAUCUCUUAGUUCUUGUCGAAGAAGAUUUCAUCUUCCCCGGUUUAGCGCCCCAGAAACAGAUUUCAUCCUGUAGAAAGAGAGGAUGAAUGAUCUUUUCUCCGGAUCCUUCUCUGGACUCAGGAGCAACAAUGUUGAUCUCGAACCACCGUACUCCCGCAGAGGAGCCAGUGGUGGAGAUGUACAGAUGCGAACUGUGGGAGUCAACCUGGACAAGUUCUUCGAAGACGUGGAAGGGAUCAAAGACGAGCUCAAAGAAGUAGAAGCACUCCACCGGCGUCUCCAAGAUUCCCAUGAAGAAAGCAUGACCCUCCAUAACGCUAGGUCCAUCAAAGAUCUCCGAGCCCGAAUGGACGCCGACGUUGCACUCGUGCUCAAGAAGGCCAAGAUGGUCAAGAUCCGUCUCGAGGCACUCGAUCGUGCUAACGCCGCCCACCGCAGCACUCCUGGGUGCGGCCCGGGAAGCUCCUCCGACCGGACGCGGACGUCCGUCGUCAGCGGCCUAAGGAAGAAGCUGAAGGACCAAAUGGAGAAUUUCAACACACUGAGGGAGAAGAUUGCCACGGAGUACAAAGAGACCGUGGAGCACAGAUACUUCACGGUCACGGGGGAGAAGCCCGACAAGAGAACAGUGGAUGCCUUGAUAUCGACGGGGCAGAGCGAGAAUCUGUUUCAGAAGAUGAUACAGGAGCAAGGGAGGGGGACGGUUAUGGACAUAGUAUCGGAAAUACAAGAGAGACAGGACGCAGUGAAAGAGAUAGAGAAGAAUCUGAAGGAAUUGCAUCAGGUGUUCUUGGACAUGGCAGUGCUGGUGCAGAGCCAGGGAGAGCAGUUGGACGACAUUGAGAGCCAAGUGGCCCGGGCCACUUCUUUCAUCAGAGGCGGGACAGAGCAGCUUCAAGUGGCCAGAACGCUUCAGAAGAACACUCGAAAAUGGGCUUGCUUUGGGAUCACCAUCCUCCUGAUAAUCAUCAUCAUCAUAGUCAUUAUCGUAGUCCCUAAGAAGAAGAGCAGCCCAGCCCCAUGAAGCAUUGAAGCCAGCUCCAAACCCCCUGUAGUACGUUUUACUUCUUACAGCUUGAACUUAGAGAAGACUCACUUGAGAGUUGACGGUUGAGACUUGUUUAGUUUUUUUAGACUUUUUCUUCCUCCUUUUGGUUGCUCCAUGCAUCAUGAUCUCAUAUUCUUUCAUUUCUACGAUUUGUUUUUAGUGUUCAGCCAGCAAUGUAACCCAAUUGGACGAGCCUUGAAAAAUGAACUGGCUGGGCAUCCUGGAUAAAAGGGGGAAAGGGGUAUAUGACUACUUUUCAGAGUUGAAGGCUGUAAUAAAUGUAAAAGCUAAAAACGGAAGGAAAGUGAUCUUUAAAACCUUGGAUUUGGCG